AUGAAAAAGGCAAUUAUCCGAAAUAUGGUCAAAACAGCAACAGCAAUGUGCACAGGGGAUAGAGAACGGAAGGAAUCACUAAAACUAGCCACAAGCAUAGCUAGUUCAAACGGGUACUCGAGGUUGAAAUCUAACACCCAAUCUCGACCUACGAACAACAUAGUGAGGAUCCCACGUGAAGGUAGAAUUCCUUUGUGCAUCCCCUUCGUCUCUGACUCCUUAACUGCUGCUAUACACCGGACUCUUUUGCGAGCACAGCUGCAAGAUGAUGUUGUGUUGGUGAACAUCCCGAACGACAACAUCAAGCGACAGUUAGUUCGCAAUAGAUUCUACGAUAGGCAAUGCGGGUCAGAAUGUUGCGUUGUUUGUCCAUUCGGUAAGGCCGGUGAUUGCACGAGAAUCGGAGUUAUUUACCAAAUAGAAUGCCUAACGUGCAACGCCAUUUAUAUUGGAGAAACUGGAAGGAUGCUGAACGUGCGUAUCAAGAAACAUUUGGCUGGUAAAAGGCGAGGGAGUUCGAUAACACCAUUAGGGCGCCACAAAAAUGAUAAGCAUGAUGGAAACGAGUUUGAAAUGAAAUGUACGAUAUUAGCGCACGAGAAAGAAAUAUCUGCUAGGAAGGCUUUGGAAGCGUUCUGGAUUUCCGUCAGGAAUCCGUCCAUGAAUAACAAAAAUGAGUGCUUAUCAAUUACCAAUGACCUCUUACCGUUCGUAACACUCUGUGAGCUAUAA